AUGAAAGAAUUUAAACUCUUUGCCUUUGUCCCUCUUUUUGUCUUAGCCCUUAUAAAUAUAAAAUGUAUUAUAAAUAUAACGCAGAAGAGGUACUUACAUUUUGGGUAUCAUCAUAACCCUUAUCAGAGAAAAAAAAAUAAGAGCAAGAAGUAUGCCUUUAUUGGGUUUGAUAAAAAGGAAUACCAUUUGAUAAAUUUAAGCAAGAAUAAAAUAACCCCUAAUAAUAAAUAUAUUGUAAAAAAGCAGAACAGUGUGCACGUUUUAUAUUCACAGGGUUUUGAGGAUGGAAGAAAAGAAUUGAAGAACAAUUCUUUGAAUAAAAAAGGUAAAAAUUUAUGGAAUAAAUUUACGUCUAAAUUUUUGAUGGGAUUUAGCAAAGAUGUCUUAAUUAAAUUCUUUUGCGCUGGUAGCUUCUGUUUAGCAUUAUAUCCAGUAUAUACCAUUUUAAUAAAUAAAAAAAUUGAACUGACUAUAGGAAAUAUUUUUAAAGAAAACUUAUUGUGUCUAAAUAUACCCCUCAAAAUCAGACGAUGUUUUUUAACUAUAUCGCUUUCUGAAUUCAGAUCCUCUCCACUUUUCCUAUCAACAAUUCUUAUUGCAUCCUAUUCUUUAUAUAUUAUUUUAAAGGUUUAUAUAGAAAAACGCAGGGAAGAAAAGCGGAUUAAAUCUGCAAUCGAUGCUUAUAAUAAAAGUAAAGACGAAUACAUAAAUAUGGGUACGGAUUCCACAGAUGAAAAUGACCAUGGUGCAGAUUAUUUUGAUGACAUACAAGAGGAGAACUAUUUCAAUAAAGACAUUUAUUAA